AUGCGAAAAACCGGGGAUAAUAAUAAUAAUAAUAAUCUGUCCUCGUCUCCUUCCGAUGAUGCGUCUUUACCUCAAAUACGCGAUGUGCAUUCUCAACUACCGGGACUGCGCAUUGCGCCAUUGCGCCAGCCCGUGUCUCGCCGACUGUGGAAUACCCCUUUCCCUCUCAAUCCCGAGAUAGCAGCUCAUUCGGGGAAAAGGACAGUCACAAAUGGAGGCUCAACGACGACUCCGCACGUUGGAGCUAACCUUCCUGAAAGGCUUCCUACACUGGAAGAAUUUGUCAACGCUGCUCGUACGUCGGAUGCCAGUCUAAGUGAUAACCACCUCAACCCGAAUGCACCGCCCCCCCCAAAGACGAUUCUACCGGAUUUCAUCAACCUUCAGACCGUGGAAAAGCUGCCGUAUUUGUUUGAGGAGACCAUUUCAUCGAAACGUCGCCGUAUAGAUGGACACAGUGAUUACUUUUCUAGUGAGCAUCUUCAACUUCCCGUCCCGCAGGCACAAAACGAGAAGAAGCCACCACCUUUCGGUCCGUUUGCUAUCUUGAAUGGAUUGAAUGAACCUCCUCCGAAUGCAGCAUUGUUCCCGCCUAUUGAACCGGGUUCUUUACCAUCGAUCUUGACGAGGCCAACGAUUGACUCGGAACUGGUCUUUUCCGAGAAGCAUGCUGAGAAACAAGGGGAUAAACGAGAGCUACGACUGGAGGAGAUUCUCGAUCCGAACAGUUUGGAUAGAUCUAAUAUUGAUCAUCUCGAGGAGCCGAAGCUUGAUCAGCUGCCAGCAAAUGAUGAGAAUCGAACCACUAGUCAAAAUCCAGCUGACGGCAAUGGCAAUCCAUCAGAAAAGCCAAUUGAUGCAAACGAGCCGAUGUCCCCUAAAACCCGUGGCCGUUCACGCAAGAAUCUCCGACGAUGGACUGAACAAGAGACAACUGACCUGCUAAGAGGCGUAGUCAAAUGCGGCAUCGGAAACUGGACGGCUAUUUUACAACAACCGGAGUUGAAAUUCAACAAGCGCAGUGCUGCUAAUCUUAAAGACCGAUUUAGAGUCUGUUGUCCAUGGGCAUAUGGAGCGGCCGACCCAAAUGAAGCGACGAAGGAAAUACAAGAUACUCUUGCGAGUGCAUUGAUGAAUGCGGAGUCUUUGACAUCUGGGGUUGGCGGCAAGAUUCUAUUGCCUGAUCCUAGACCCAAGGACAGCGCGACAAUUUCUACCGAGUUAGUUGAAACUUCUUCCAAGCUAGGUGAGCAAUUAUCGGCGUCCUCAGCUUCUCGGUCGAACCAGCUGUCUCCUACACCUGCCACGGUAUCUGGAUCCGGAUCUCAAGAGUCUUUAGUACCGGCAAAAUCUGCACCUACUCAAUCGACAAAGUCCAAGUCAACCCUCUCAUCAUUAGGCAUAGCAGAACCGUACUUCACAAUCAAAUCUAAGCGCCGGUCGCGCCGGCCAUUUACGCCGGCUGAAGAUGAAGCUCUUCUCAAAGGCUAUGCAGUCCACGGAUUCCAAUGGACACUGAUACAGCAAGAUAAACACCUCAAUCUUUCACAUCGACGCGCAACAGAUCUGAGAGAUAGAUUCAGAACCAAAUUUCCAAAUGCCUACCGUGAGGGUGGCAGCGUUAGCGGCGGAAGUAUUGGAUCAUUACAACAACGAGAAUACAGUAAUGAGAUUACACCGACUCUCGAUAACAAUGCGAAGGACAAGACCGCAACGCGAUCAUCCAAGAGACUAAAAGAACCUCCGCAGUCAUUAUCACUACCGCCGCCGUUAAUGUCACCACCAGUGACCAGCGAUGCCAAUUCACCUGACAAGAAGCGGAACCCACAUUUACCCGAUUCUGCCAAUCUGACGUCUAUAAGCUCACUGUUACCGCCCCUGCCCCAGUUGACUCAGUCGAGUAUGAUACUUGACUCUUCGAGUGGAGGUGGACAAGGAAUGAUGUCGUCCUUGUCAUUUCCUUCGAGCUCGGGGAUGGGCAACCAUAGCGCUAGUUUCACCUCCGUGUCUUCGGCGAGCAAUGCAGUCAUAAGUUCGUGGGAGGAUAAUACACUUCCGCCCUUUAAUUGGAAUGAUGACAUCAAUUAA